CCGGGAUCGCGCCGCUGGUUGUUUACGCCCCGGCGCAGCCUAGUUCGACCCUGGGGCCCGCCCUCGCCCGCUGCCUAUUGGCGGAGGAGGCGUUCAGGCUGGCGACGAUUGGCCCGGGAGAGGCGGAGGGGUAGGCUGCGCGGGAGGCCGAGAGGGGCAGCCGGUGAUGGCGGCGGCGGCAGCGGCAGGUCGGCUGGGCUGGUUGCUCGCCGCGUUCUGCCUGGGCAGCGCCGGCAGGAAGACGGCGCCGGGCCCGCGAGUGCUGGGCAUCUGUGUGGAGGAGGACGGAGCCGCGGGCGCUGGGUGGGCGCGAGGAGAGGAGGUUAGGGCCGUGUCAGAGGCCACCUUCCGCCUGCGCCUCUUUGGCUCGGGCUUCGCCAACAGCUCCUGGUCCUGGGUGGCCCCUGAGGGGGCGGGUUGCCCGGAGGGCGGGCCGGCCACCGCGCCUCAGGAAGUGGCGGACCCCACGGGCGAGUGGCGCGCAUUGCUACGCCUGCGCGCCCAGGCCGAACGCCCGCACUCGGGAGUCCCGGCGGUGCGCGGGGAGCGAGGCGGCUCCGCGGCCGAGGAGGCGGUGGCUUCCGCAGGCGAGUGGCGCGCGGUGCUGCGCCUGCGCGCCGAUGCCGAGCGCCCGCACUCUGCGCUGCUGGCAGUGCGUGUGGAACCCGGCGGCGCUGUGGCAGAGGAGUCGGCUCCGCCCUGGGCGCUGGGCUUGGGGGCGGCGGGGCUGCUGGCGCUGGCGGCGCUGGCACGGGGCCUGCAGCUGAGCGCGCUGGCGCUGGCGCCGGCCGAGGUGCAGGUACUGCGCGAGAGCGGCUCGGAGGCGGAGCGGGCGGCGGCGCGGCGCCUGGAGCCCUCGCGGCGCUGGGCCGGCUGCGCGCUCGGCGCACUGCUGCUGCUGGCCAGCCUGGCGCAGGCGGCUCUGGCUGUGCUGCUCUACCGCGCGACCGGGCAGCGCGCGGUGCCCGCUGUGCUGGGUAGCGCGGGGCUUGUGUUCCUGGUGGGUGAGGUGGUGCCGGCCGCCGUGAGCGGGCGCUGGGCGUUGACGCUGGCUCCGCGCGCGCUGGUGCUCAGCCGCUUGGCCGUGCUGCUUACCCUGCCCGUGGCGCUGCCGGUGGGGCAGCUGCUAGAGCUGGCGGCACGGCCCGGGCGGCUGCGCGAGCGCGUGCUGGAGCUGGCGCGCGGCGGCGGCGACCCCUACAGCGAUCUCAGCAAGGGCGUGCUGCGCUGCCGGACGGUGGAGGAUGUGCUCACGCCACUCGACGACUGCUUCAUGCUGGACGCCAGCGCCGUGCUGGACUUCGGCGUCCUGGCCAGCAUCAUGCAGAGCGGCCACACGCGCAUCCCCGUGUACGAGGAGGAGCGCUCCAACAUCGUGGACAUGCUCUACCUCAAGGACUUGGCCUUCGUGGACCCCGAGGACUGCACGCCGCUCAGCACCAUAACCCGCUUCUACAACCACCCACUCCACUUUGUCUUCAACGACACCAAGCUGGACGCCGUCCUGGAAGAGUUCAAGCGAGGGAAGUCCCACCUGGCCAUCGUGCAAAAGGUGAACAACGAGGGUGAAGGUGACCCCUUCUAUGAGGUGCUGGGCCUGGUCACCCUGGAGGACGUCAUUGAGGAGAUCAUCAAGUCUGAGAUCCUUGAUGAGUCUGAAGACUAUCGAGACACGGCCGUGAGGAAGAAGCCUGCUCCUCUGAGCACCCCUCUCAGGCGGAAAGAGGAAUUCUCCUUAUUCAAGGUGUCUGACGAUGAAUAUAAAGUGAAAAUCUCUCCCCAACUGCUCUUGGCCACCCAGCGCUUCCUUUCCCGAGAGGUGGAUGUAUUCAGCCCAGUACGAGUCUCCGAGAAGGUCCUGCUGCACCUGCUGAAGCAUCCCAGCGUCAACCAGGAAGUGAGGUUUGACGAGAGCAACCGCCUGGCCACACACCAUUACCUGUACCAGCGCAGCCAGCCAGUGGACUAUUUCAUUCUCAUCCUUCAGGGCAGGGUUGAGGUGGAGAUCGGGAAAGAAGGCCUGAAGUUUGAGAACGGGGCCUUCACCUAUUAUGGAGUGUCUGCCCUGACUGCACCAUCCUCGGUUCACCAGUCCCCAGUGUCUUCGCUCCAGUCCACCCGCCAUGACCUACAGCCUGAGCUGGCUGAUGGCACUCGCCUGUCUGCGUAUUGUCCUGACUACACCGUGAGGGCACUCUCUGACCUGCAGAUGAUUAAGGUCACGAGGCUGCAGUACCUCAAUGCACUCCUGGCUACCCGAGCCCAGAGCCUGCCCCAGUCCCCUGAGAACGCGGGCCUCCAGGUCAUCCCAGGCAGCCAGACCAGACUGCUUGGAGACAAGACAUCUGCAGCAGCAGGGCCCAAGCACAGCAGACCCAGCCUCCCCGCAGAGGAGAGCCCUGGGCGGAACCCAGGAGUCUGACUGCUUGCCAGGCAGCCCCAGGUUGGGGAAUGGACAAGCACGUGGGGGACUGCAGAGAGCCGAGGAGUAGCUUCCUGCCAGCCUGUCCCCAUCCCCCCCAGGCCACGUUUUAGAUGGCCCUUAGAGAUGGGUACUGGGCUGUCUCCUUACGCUGGACGUCAGUGCAGGAGCCUUCCGCAGGCCCUGUCCUCCUUUAGGAAAGGGGGUCAAUGGGACACAGCCCUCUGGCCCUGCUCCUGGAGGCAAUGAAAGGAACAUGUCACCUCUGGUCCCCAGGGCCCAGCCUUCUCCCUGUGACAGUGUAGUGCAUUUAUUCCUCUUGGGGCCAAGCCAUAAUAUGAGUGCAUGAUUACUGCCUUUAUGUGACUGUGACCUGUACUCACUUUGCUUCUCAUUUGGCAACCUGCUGCUGCUGGUAGCACUCUUUGAGCAAACCAAGAGUACCAGUUUCCACUGGGGGUUCAGAUCCAUGGCCAUGGCCACAGUGAACUGUUUGGCUUCCCUCACAAUGCCUUGUUUCAAAGCACGUGCCCCAGCCUGUCCUGAGUGCCAAACCUAGGAGCAUGGUUUCCCAUGAGCCUGCCCCACGGCCCUGCUCCCUCCUGUGGAGGCUGCUUAUCUGGCCCUGCCAGAGCCCUGAGUGAACCAGCUGGCCCCAGUGGGCUGGGCAGGCCUGCAAUUGCUGCUUCUCUGCUCGUCCAGCUUAGUAGCUGCUAACAGUAUUGUCACUUUCUGUGUUUUAAAAAGAGGUCAACAUGGGAGGAAGGGAUCUUUCUGCUACACCUAAUCCCUUUUCAUUGUGGGAUCCUGGGAGGCUCACCACCUACAAGAUCUGUUUUGUGCCUUCCUCCUAGGCCUCCGUGGGGGUGCUGUGGGCAUGAUGUGCCUGGACAGCAGCAAGGGAGGAGAGGCUGGGUUAUGGACCAGGUAGACCCCCAUGGCCAUUCUUUAAAAAAUUAACGUGAAAUCAGAGAUUUUUUUACAUCUCUGAAAUAUUUCAAGUUCUUUGCUUUUUCCCUGUUCCCCGCUGUGGGGUUUUAGAGAAGCGGGAACAAGAAGACAUUUGUCUUUCUCUUCGUUUACCUAUAGCUACCUUCCAUAGUCCUUCAUCUGUGUGGAAAUUAGGGCAUCACAGAGACGUGCGAUCGGGUAGAGUAGGGAGGCAGGAGGGUUUCAGGAACCUGUCUCAAAGGGAUUUAGGUCCCUAUCUGGGACCACUGGGAAUGAAGGCAAAGAGUAGGGGCACGCUCUCUUAGAAACUGUUCUCAAGGAAUUCUCCCCAAGAGCAAACCCAGGUAGGAGACAGACACUUUAAAAAUCAUCUCUCCAAAACAGUGGUUCUUAACCUUGGCUGUACAUCACAAUCACCUGGCACUUAGAAAUACUGAUACCUGGGGCCCAUCCCCAGGGAUUCUGAUUUAAUCAGCCUGGGCAUCAAGAUUAUAUUUUUGAAGUAAUUUUAGGCUCAGAGCUCCAUAUACCCUUCACCCAGCUUUCCCUGAUGUUAACAUCUUAACCUUGGCAUAUAUAUCAAAACUAAAAAAUUAAUAUUGGUACAAAACUAUUAACUAAAUUCUAAACUUUAUUUGGAUUUUACCAGGUCUUCAAUAAUAUCCUUUUUCUGUUGCAGGAUCCAAUCCAGGAGACCAAGUUGCAUUUAGAGCUAUUGCUUUUUUUUCCCCUCACUUUUAUUUUGAAAUUACCGAUUCAUAGGAAGUUGAAAAGGUAGAGGUACCUUUCACCUAGUCUUCCUCAGUGGUUACAUCUUACAUAGUUAUAAUGCAGUGUCAAAACCAGGACUCUGAUGGUGGGGUGUGUAGUUUUUACAUCAUCUUAUAUGGAGACUUGUGUAGCCACCACUGCAGCCUAAGUACUGGGCUGUCCCAUGACCACAAGGGUCUCCCUUCAGGCCACACCUGCCCUCUGCGGUCACCAGCCCUAAUCCCUGGCAACCACUAAUCAGUGCAUCAUCUCUGAUUUUGUCAUUUCAAGAACGUUGUGUAAAUGGGAUCAUACAGUAUAUAACCAUUUGGGAUUGGCGUUGUUCACUCAGCAUAAUACUCUGGAGAUACAUCCAGGUUGUUGGGUGCAUUGUAGUUCAUUCCUUUUGAUUGCUGCCUAGUAUUCCAUGGUAGAUUCAUCCCUUUUAAGGACAUCUGGGUGGUUUCCAAUUUUUGGCUAUUCCAAAUAAAGCUGCUAUGAACAUUUAUUACA